CCACCGAUCCACCGAAAACAAUCUAUCACCAUGUCACACCUACCUGAAAAAUCGUUGGCCUCGCCAGGAUCGGUUCGGACUUCAGACCCCUCGUUCGUUGGUCUCGCGUGCCGUCAUUCCAGAAGGAGACCGUGAUCCAUACUCGCAUCGAGACGACGGCCGCGCCUUUGUUGCCGCAUCCUCCCCCUGCUAUAUAACGACGCGUAUCCCCAUGACGCUAACCCUAACCGGUCCUACCCUGCUCCCUCUCCCGCUACUAUAAAAGGCUGUAGCACAAUCUACGGUGAUACAUCUUCUCAGUCGCCUGCUCUCGUCGCAUCAGUUUUCUCGGUCUCCACGGAUGGCUGCGAACUCCGUCCUCGCCAACGGCGGCAAGAGGCCGUCGCCCGGCCGCCUCGCGGCAGUGUACAGCGAGGUGCAGACUAGCCGCCUCAACCACCCCCUCCCCCUCCCCUCCGUCGUCAGGGGACCCUUCAAGAUCGUCGACGGCCCACCGAGCUCCGCCUGCGGAAACCCCGAUGAGAUCAAGAAGCUGUUUCCUAAUCUUUUCGGCCAGCCGUCCGCCACGCUGGUUCCGACGGGCUCCGCUCCUUCGGAGAUGGCCGGGAGUCUCAAGGUCGGCGUGGUGCUCUCUGGAGGCCAGGCUCCUGGUGGGCACAAUGUCAUCUCUGGGAUCUUUGAUUACUUGCAGGAUCGAGCCAAGGGGAGCACGAUGUAUGGAUUCAUGGGAGGUCCAGCGGGGAUCAUGAAAUGCAAAUACGUGGAACUCACUCCAGAGUUCAUAUAUCCUUAUAGAAAUCAGGGUGGAUUUGAUAUGAUCUGCAGUGGAAGGGACAAAAUUGAAACUCCAGAACAGUUCAAGCAAGCUGAAGAGACAGCCUUGAAACUUGAUUUGGAUGGACUUGUUGUGAUUGGUGGAGAUGACUCCAAUACCAAUGCAUGCCUUCUUGCUGAAAAUUUUAGGGCAAAGAAUAUGAAAACUCGGGUUCUUGGAUGCCCAAAGACAAUUGAUGGAGAUCUCAAAUGCAAGGAGGUUCCAACAAGUUUUGGCUUUGACACAGCUUGCAAGAUAUAUGCUGAAAUGAUAGGAAAUGUUAUGACAGAUGCGCGGUCAACUGGCAAAUAUUACCACUUUGUAAGGCUUAUGGGACGUGCUGCUUCUCACAUCACAUUGGAAUGCGCUUUACAAACACAUCCGAAUAUUACUAUCGUUGGAGAAGAGGUGGCUGCCAACAAGCUAACACUAAAAAAUGUCACAGACUACAUUACUGAUAUAAUCUGCAAGCGUGCAGAGCUUGGUUACAAUUAUGGGGUCAUACUUAUACCGGAAGGUUUGAUUGAUUUUAUUCCAGAGGUUCAGCAACUUAUAUCAGAACUAAAUGAGAUCUUAGCUCAUGAUGUUGUUGAUGAGGAGGGACUGUGGAAAAAAAAGCUUAGUCAUCAAUCUCAGCUUCUCUUUGAAUUUCUACCCCAAGCUAUCCAAGAACAACUGUUGUUAGAAAGAGAUCCACAUGGAAACGUACAGGUCGCCAAGAUUGAAACUGAAAAAAUGCUUAUUUCCAUGGUUGAAACUGAGUUGGACAAGAGAAAGUCAGAGGGAAGAUAUGCAGAGCAGUUUAAAGGGCAAUCCCACUUUUUUGGUUAUGAAGGAAGAUGUGGUUUGCCCACUAAUUUUGAUGCUACAUAUUGCUAUGCAUUGGGUUAUGCUGGAGGAGCUCUUCUCCACUCUGGAAAGACUGGCCUCAUUUCUUCAGUGGGUAACUUGUGUGCGCCUGUUGAGGAAUGGACUGUUGGAGGGACUGCACUGACUUCUUUAAUGGAUGUUGAGAGGAGACAUGGUAAGUUCAAGCCUGUGAUAAAGAAGGCAAUGGUGGAACUUCAAGGUGCACCGUUUAAAAAGUUUUCGUCCAUGCGAGAUGAGUGGGCCCUGAACAACAGAUAUAUCAGCCCAGGCCCAAUUCAAUUUAUUGGCCCUGGAUGCAAUGAUGUCAAUCACACUCUACGGCUGGAACUUGGAGCCCAGGCAUACUGAUCUGUCAUAUUGCUAACAUGCUUUCCACGAGGAGGGAAAAAAAAAAGGAAAACCUCUGAUUGAGAGUGUUUCUCCUUAUUUUAAAGGGUCAAUGAAACAUGGAGAGCCUGUUUUAGAUUGUCAUCUCAGAUUACAAAUAAUAACAUUUUUUAUGUUUGUAGAGUCGCAAAUCAGAGGGAAAUUGAUUUUUUGGUUGACUGAUGUUAUCAUUUUAGCAUAAAUUAUUCUUGAAGCAAGCUAGCUGAUGUUUCAAUAAAAGUUGAUUUUGAAU